AUGGUAGAAGAUGAAUUCUACUCCGUUGCCCAAACAUUCACCCAACAUCUACAUUACGCCGAGUAUCUUCGCCGUCGUAAGGAAGCGAAGGCUAAAAAUAUGGCCGCAUUUGGAGUUAUUGAAAGGCCCACAGAUGGCCGUACGCCUCUUCCAAAAGAGGUUGAACGCCAGCGGGAGCGGGAGGCCCUCAGGCAUCGCCAGAAGUCUGGACUACAACAGCUCGAUGGCCAGAACCUCGACGAGGCUGAGGAGCAUGAUGAAGAUGACGCGCGAUGGAAGGGAACACAUUUGCACGACCUCAUGACCAGCCCGAGAAAAUCACGGUCCCUGGCAGGAGUAAUUGCGCUGAAGUCGUCCUCGAGAGCUGCAGCAGGCUUUUCCCAGGCUGGACAGGCACCUUCGAACACUGGUCAAGCUCGAGUGGCUAAUACGCUAAACUUCAAGGCAACAGCAGCUCAAGUUAUUGAGCUGGAUGAAGAGACAGCAUCAGAUUCGGAUGACGAUCUCGAUAUCGAACCGAAGGCGGUUCGGCCACCGGCUCCUAGGAGCGCCCACUCGACACCACAAAGACCAGAAUCUAACGACGUGAUUACACCUCGCGCAAGUUUACAAAAUAAGGCUACAUCUAUGCCAAAAGUCAAGCCGGGAAACACUCGACCCGUAUACAAAUCAAGAGUUCAAUCACUUUUUGAUGACCUCGAUGGACUGCCAGAGCCAUCUCAGUCGAUUAAAUAUGAGUCGACUAAUAUCAGAAGAUCACCUUCUAACAGGCAAGACAAAUCCGGACAUAGUGAAGUUCCGACGUUUCUGGUGUGA